AGCAAACAGGUUUUCAGGUUUUCUUAUUGAACUGGAGAUAAACUCCAUCCCAACCUCCUGCCAACCGACACUACAGUCGUUCUGCCUGCUACAGCUUGUUGCAUUCUCGCUCUUAGGAGUCUUAGUUCCUUCAGAACAUGUCAAGAUUACUACGUGGUCUGUCUUGUCGAAUAGGCAUUACGGGCAAGAAUAGGGACGCGAACCACUCUGGCGUUGAUGUGGCUAGAACAUGUUCCUUGUGUCUGUGUUUUAUACGGGUUCACUUGCACAACCGUGAUCUUUUCAAUUGGCAACACAACCGGAAAUUUUCAGAUCUUCGGCAUUCCCACUUCCACGAGCCCUGCGCUAGAUGCGAUGAUGUCUCUGAUAUUUCUCUCUGUGAUGUUUGCAAGCAUCUCAGGCUGUGCCACCUUAGACAUAAACGGGAGUUGGUCGAAUUUAAGGUGGACCUCGGGGAGCUUCAGGACGUACAUCAACGGUCUGAAAGCUGUGUAUUGUGUCGCAUGAUUGUCCAAGAGUGCUUAGAGGAGUGCAAUCCCGAGUCGCAUUGUAGCCUGGAACUUGAUUUUGACCUUGAGUACAAGGAUAUCGAUUUGAACAUACAAGUCCGGACAGGCGAUGAUAUAAGAGGCUCAUUUGGUGGGGUUUUUGAUUCUUCCCAAGCGGUAGUUUGUGCUCUUGCCAAACGAACAAUAUGGCAGCAGCCGAUGGUGAACUGGAGCACCGUUCACACAUGGUUAAGACAGUGUGACAUAAAGCAUUACAAAAAGCAUCACCAAAGGCAUGGAGAAAUUUCAUGCGACAAUGGGCCCCUAAAAACACCGCCACGCGGGUUUCGAGUUAUUGACACUAAAAGAGGAUGCGUAGUAAUGGCUCCUCCUGCCUGCAGAUAUGCUACCUUGAGCUACGUGUGGGGUGGCACUGCUGACAACUAUGCAUUGGCAACAACAAGCAACAUCCGAACACUGGAGGAAGAAGGCUACCUAUUUAAGCAACCUCUACCGGCGACUAUUAGGGAUAGCAUCCGUGCCUGCAUCGAAUUGAAGAUACGGUACCUCUGGAUCGACAGACUGUGCAUUGUGCAAGACGACACUGCUGCCGUGAAAGAUUCACAGAUCAAUGCCAUGGGUGAUAUAUACAGCCAUUCUUACCUUACAUUAGUGGAUUUAGAAGGCGCCAACAUGGAUCACGGUCUCCCCGGGGUCUCGCAAGCAAGAGUAGUCCGUAUGACCUAUAAGAUACCAGGGAUGAACUUAAGAAUCAUCGAUGAAGAAUAUCCCAAGCUUGUCAAGAAGUCAAAAUGGAAUUCCCGCGGCUGGAUAUUUCAGGAGGCAAUGUUGUCGCCAAGAAUGCUGAUGUUUGCAAAUGUAGGUGUAUAUUUUGAGUGCUCACAAGGUUAUCAGGAAGAUAGAUUUGCCCGAAGGCCGAAAUUGAAAUAUAUCAUGAUGUCAUUACUGUUCAACAAGAUCAAACGAUACCAUCGUAUAGUGCAGGACUUCACUUCUAGAGACUUGACCUUCAGUGCGGAUAUUCUCAAGGCAUUAUCUGGCGUCAUGCAUUGGAAAUUUGGCACGGAGCAUUACUUUGGCCUACCACACUCUGAAUUUUUGGGGGGUAUGCUCUGGUCUCCCCGUGGACUCUCUGCUCUCGAAACGCCAGAGGUCAGGAGUACAGAAACCGGUGAUAUAUUUCCAACCUGGUCGUGGUCUUCUGUGAUAGCACCCGUUGAGGUUUAUUCAGGCGCAGGAAGAGGCUCGUUUGUAGGGCCCGGUAUCAUGCUGGGUGCGUGGGGCAUCCCAUCUUCGAAGACUAAGAAAUUGGUGCGCAUAAUCCCGUCUCAUAAUCCGAGACCGUCAUGGUAUGAGAAACCUCAAUCGUAUGAAGGGAUUGGCAUCGCAUUGAUGUGGAAGGAAGGCUGCUUUCCAAAGCCAUCGCCGUCCAUGCUGAAUAUCAGCACCACCUGGAAAAAUUUAUUGGCUCUAAUUAUGUCCAGAUGGGCGUCAGCUAAUAAGCUUUUCGAGGAAGCACUUGGGAUAGCAAGUAGCUCGGGGAAGAUGCAUUUCGAGAGAAUGUCUUGCUUAUUCUACAUGGAAAAUGCCGAUCAGCCGGGAGCAUUGCUAUCACAUACACAAUCAAUCCAUGCUCAAAUUGUCAAGCGUGGAGACCAAGAGUGCCCAAGCCCUGCCAUCGAAGGAUACGUGCAUCUAAUCUUGCACAGCAUCAGUGAAAUCGAGGUAGACUUGUGGAUACGGCCUAACCCUCUCCAUUGGCAAUUUCUCGACCAUGAUUACAGCACGGAUCAUGGUACCAAACUGGAUGUGCUUGCUCUCUCAAUGAUGUGUGAGGAAUGCGCUACUUAUGUCUGUCCAGACGAAUGGGGCUUGUGGUAUGAUUCCGAGGGAAGCUUCCUCGGCUCAGAUGAAAGGACUAUGGUGAAAUUCGUUGUCAAUGUAUUGAUCGUCGAAACUCGAGAUGGACUGAGUCGGCGAGUGGCUAUAGGUGCAGUCGAGCUUCAUGACUGGAUUGCUGCGUCGCCUGAAUAUCGGAACUUCACUCUGGUCUAGACUAUAUGGAGAGGGUAAACUUUGGUUGAAGGAUCUACGUACGAG